AAAUUUUUUCCUGCAGGAUAUUUAUGUCAUCAGUUGUAUGACAAUACAGUUUCUGGUGGGGGUUCAGAAUGCAGUGGCCUCCUUGUUGACCGAGACAACAGCCAGGUUGUUUGAUCUAAUAUCAGUGUGUGUUUUGACUGGCAGCGUAGUCAUCAUUCAUUUGGUCAUGGGCAUUAUUGUAGUGAAAAAAUGGUUCAAGCAAAAGAAAACCUUGGAAGCCAACACUGAGAAAUUCCAUUCUCUGUGUGAUGUUAUUGAUGUGGCCUGGAGGAGAAAAAUGGCAGAAAAGGCUGCAAUAGAAGCAUCUCAGGAACAAGGGGAAAAGACACAUGUUAGUGACAAUAGUGAAUCUGGGAGCAAGGAUGCUUCAGGAAAGUCAAUACAUAGUCCAGGAAAGUCCAAGAAGAAAAAAACAAGACACCGUAGCAAAGUUGACACUGAAUACCAGACCUUAAGGAAUAGCAAUGAAGUUGGCAUGGAAUCUUCAGACACUGCAGAAACAAAUUUAAGUGUUGCAUGAUUGAAUUCUUAUUGGUAACAAGUGCAAUAUAGACAGCUGAGUUUGGGUAUCAAGACAAUUCCCCCCAGACAAUCCCCCCCACCCCC